AUGUCCCACACACGGUCUACACAAGAAGUGGAGGCAAUGGUCCCGCGGUUCCAGCUGGAACGACUUCUCAAUCAAGAUCAGGCCGGGCGUCGGAUAUCGCUCCUAGGCAGCAUUGAUGGGACACCGGCACUGUUGAUCGCCGAACGAGCAGCCUUCUCUACCGACCCAGUGCAUUUGAAGUCUUUCUCCGAAUCACUUGACCGCAUCAAGAACUUGGGCGCGAAUGACAUUUACAGCUGGUUUCUAGCUUCCACGACCCAUAAACCUGCCAACCAAGAGGUGGAGAGCACCCAGCCUCCGGACCUGAAGCUGAAUUUGAUUUCCCCUUGCACCGAACAACACAUCAAGAAGUACUCACAACAAGGUGUUCGCCUGGUCGCGGAAACACCGGAAAUCUACCGGCGACAUGUGCGGCCAUACAUGCAGGCGAAGCGAGAACAAGGUCGCUUGAACUGGGUGUUCAACAUCAUUGAAGGCCGGACCGAGCAAGAAGAUGUAUUCUAUCGAGAGCAGGGUCUCGAAGGGUUUCUCAUGCUCCCUGACCUGAAUUGGGAUCGAAAGACGAUGAGCGGCUUGCAUUUGCUGGGUCUCGUGGAGCGUCGGGAUAUCUGGUCGGUACGCGAUCUCACCAAAGAGCACAUUGAAUGGCUCAAGCACAUGCGACAAAAGCUGCUAGAUGCAACGGUUAAGUUGUACCCGGACAUUGAUCAGGACCAGUUGAAAUUGUACAUCCACUACCAGCCAACUUACUAUCAUUUUCACAUACAUGUUGUACACGUGGCGCUUGAGGCCGGAGCAACUCAGGCAGCCGGUAAAGCUAUUGGCCUUGAGAGCAUCAUUUCGCAGCUCGAGUCCAUGGCGACCGGUCAGGGCAUCGCAGAUAUAAGUCUGUCCUACACCCUCGGUGAAGCGAGCGAGCUCUGGAUGGACAUCUUUGAACCUUUGAAAUCCGGCAAUGAGCCAAAGAUUUCCCAAUAGAGUAAUGAAUAGGUAUUUCUCAACUCUCAAGACUUGUGCCGAUAGCUAUUCCGUAACCUGCUGACAUUUGACAAAGUUGCCCAGCCACAGACCUGACUGUGACAUUUUGGAACAAUUGAGCUUAUGGCUAGCUGUCGACCAUCAAAUAUCCUUCCUAUGUCUCGUAACAUGUUUGGUUUGAAUCUAGUUUUCCCAUCCUUCCCUGAGCUUCUUUUCGACUCCUCCCUUUGAAAGUCUGAAAAUUCGGGCAUGGUCGAACGCUUCACUAAUGUAUGCUCUCUCAAGAUCUUCUUGAAAAUGCGGAGGUAUACCGUAUUUUUUCAGUCUAUUGCAUUUGAAGUUAUGUCUUUG